UUAAACUUAAAAGCCCACUUCACCGGUGGAAAUUUGUACUGCAUUAAGGUGGCGAUGAAGCUGAAAGGCGAAGUGCAGCUGCCGGGCUUCCUGCUGGCACUUCGCUUCCUGGCCCUGGUUCUCUGGAGCUUCCCUGGGGCCAGGGCCCUGAACAAUGGCUUGGCGAUGACCCCUACGAUGGGCUGGCUGCACUGGGAGCGCUUCAUGUGCAAUGUUGACUGCCAAGAAGAGCCGGAUUCCUGUAUCAGUGAGAAGCUCUUCAUGCAGAUGGCAGAACUCAUGGAGUCAGAUGGCUGGAAGGAUGUAGGUUAUGAGUACCUCUGCAUUGAUGACUGUUGGAUGGCUCCCAAAAGAGAUUCAGAAGGCAGACUUCAGGCAGACCCUAAACGCUUUCCUAGUGGGAUCCGACGCCUUGCUGAUUAUGUCCAUAGCAAAGGACUGAAGCUAGGAAUUUAUGCAGAUGUUGGAAAUAAAACCUGUGCAGGCUUCCCUGGGAGUUUUGGACACUAUGACAUUGAUGCCAAGACCUUUGCUGACUGGGGAGUAGAUCUGCUAAAAUUUGACGGUUGUUACUGUGACAGCGUGGAACAUUUGGAAAAAGGUUAUAAGCGUAUGUCCUUGGCCCUGAACAGGACUGGCAGAAGCAUUGUGUAUUCCUGUGAGUGGCCCCUUUAUAUGUGGCCUUUUCGUAAGCCCAAUUACACAGAAAUCCGACAGUACUGCAAUCACUGGAGAAAUUUUGAGGAUGUUUAUGAUUCUUGGCAAAGUGUAAAGAGAAUCUUGGCUUGGACAUCUUCUAACCAGAAGAGAAUUGUAGAUGUCGCAGGACCAGGGGGCUGGAAUGACCCAGAUAUGUUAGUGAUUGGUAACUUUGGCCUCAGCUGGGACCAGCAGGUAACUCAGAUGGCCCUGUGGGCUAUCAUGGCCGCUCCGUUACUCAUGUCCAAUGACCUCCGAGAGAUCAGCCCUCAAGCCAAAGCCCUCCUUCAGGAUAAGGAUGUAAUUGCCAUCAACCAGGACCCCUUGGGCAAGCAGGGGUACCGGCUUAGAAAGGAAGACAACAUUGAGGUGUGGGAACGCCCACUGUCGGACUUAGCCUGGGCUGUGGCUAUGGUAAACCUGCAGGAGAUUGGUGGACCUCGUUUUCAUACCAUCUCUAUUGCUUCCCUGGGUCAGGGGUUGGCCUGUAUUCCUGACUGCAUGAUCACACAGCUCCUGCCUGAGAAGAGAAAGCUUGGGUUUUAUCAGUGGACUUCAGAUUUAAAAACUAAGAUAAAUCCCACAGGCACCGUUUUACUUCGGCUGGCAGCGACCUAGCCUACACUAAAAAGCCUUUGUUGCGGCCCCUGUGGCUAAUCUGUUAAGCUUCUGACUCUUGAUCUCAGCUCAGGUCUUUAUCUCAGGGUCCUGAGUUUAAGCCCCUACUUCAAAAGGAAAAAAAAAAUGUGUAUUUUGUUGCCAAGUGAUUCCCCCACUGGUGUCUCCCUUUUCUUCCAUUCCCACUUUAGUUGUCCUUUCGGUCAAUAAAAUUUUCCUCAGUGGAGUUUUGUAAAA